AUGUCAGAUGGAAUAACCUCCGAGUUUGCCAUCGAAAUAGCCAAGCAGUGUGCAGAAAUCCGUGAUUUGUAUGAAAUUGAAGAGUGUGUAAGGCAGCCAAACGAACAGAAUCUCAUUGAAUUUCUUUAUGAUCUCAGUGCAUUUCUUCUCGAACUUGGUAUCGAUUUAGAAAGAUAUUUGAAAAAUAUUAUACCGAUUUCAGAAUGUCCGCACGAAGAAUUGACCUGCGGAGAGAUCACUUCUCGUAUCGACUCUCCGGCUGCCAAAAAUCUUCUUUCGAAGUUUCUUGAUUCGGAAUUGAAGGCUGCUCGUCUGGUGACACUCCGAAAGAUUGAAUCCGGAGAGAUUGUGAGUUUCAAACAAACUCAAUUUAUAAUAAGCUAUUCAUUCAAGAUUUCCGAAAGACGUGAUCUCGAAUUGACUCCCGUCAUCGAUUCCGCAUUGAAAACUCUUAAUGUGCUGAAACAAGCUGGAGUUUCGAACGAAUGGAAAUUAUUAGAAUCAUUGAGACAAAAAGCAGACGGCCGAGUACCACAAAGUCACAGAAAUCCUCUAUUCAAGGCCAGUCUCGACGGAAAAACACUGCCCGAAAUUGAGAAGCAAUGCGAAGCGUUCUCUCGAGAUUUCUGCAAUCGUCUCCUUCUUCUGAACAGCCGUCUCAAAGUGACCGUGGAAUCUUUCCUGUGGAACGAUCGUUUGAAGGCACACAAAGCUGACAUCCAGUCCAUUUUAGCAGCCCGUGUCGAAGAAAUCGGAAAGGUGCGUGCGAACAGUGGCGUGGCACAUCUUCUUUCCGCGAGCUCAUCUCUUCUUUACAUCCAGAAGGCAUCUGCGAUGGAAAGAAGGUAACUGAGUGGAAGGAACUGAACUUAAGUUUUCUGUUUGUUUAAGGAAUCGAACAAAGAGUAAACCACAUCCUCUCUCAGUUGGCGACGCUCCGAAAGACAGAGGAGGACGGACCGACGAGAUGGUCGGAAUUAAAAAGGAAACAUUCCGUCAGCAGAGCUAUGGUAUUUCACUAUCUCCCCUGUCUCGCAUUCCCUCGUGUUUUCAGACAGACAACCUCCAAACAAUCGACCAAGAAACACGGGCACUUUCGAGCGACCGAAAACGCACGAAGAGCAGGUUUAACAGUCACCGAGGAAUCGUAUAAUGUUGUCAAUUUAUAGGUUCUCGAACAGCACACUUCGAAAGACAUGGAUCAAAACUGGCGUGGACGAGGUCGUGGAAGGGGCAGAAGAGGGCGGGGAGGACACCCGCAGUAGACCUGUUCUUUGUUUUUUCUCACUUUUCGGUUAUUGUACAAAAUGGGUUUUUAUAAAUUUGUUAUCUGUUGUUGUUUCUUCUCACUUUCAUUUUUUGCAGCGGUUUUCUUCUCCGUUCGUUAUAUCUUUGAUGUUUUUGAUUUGAAACGUUAUAAAUAGAAGUUGCAGGUUGCCGUAAGGCAUUGGGAGAAAUGAUCAGCUCGCCGGCUCGGAUGGCAUUCGUCACAAUCGGGAGAGCGGGCACUCGGGUGCUUCUGAACGGUGGCCUCGCGCAUUCUCGAUGCUCGACAACGGCCGCCUUCAAGCACCUGGAUAAGCUGAUCAUUGAGACACCCGACGAUGCGAUGGAGAUCGCGAGUCGACUGACAGUAACCGAGCAGCACAUGCUCCAAGCUGCGCUGAACAACUGUCUAUCGAAAAAGGAGAAAGGGAAAGUGGAAGAGCUGACUCCGGAGCAAGUCAAGGGAGUUUUCCUUGUCAACUCGAUACCUUUCAUUGGAUUCGGAGUCCUUGACAAUAUGAUCAUGAUCCUCGCUGGCGAGUACAUUGAUCAACAACUCGGAACCGUUCUGGCAAUCUCGACGAUGGCGGCCGCUGCUCUCGGCAACCUCAUAUCGGACAUUGCUGGCGUCGGACUGGCUCAUUAUGUGGAAGUGGCCGUGCAACGCGUCGGAAUCAAGCAUCCCGUUCUCACAUCCGAACAGUUAGAGAGUGGAAAAGUGAACAAAGCUAACUGGAAGCUGUAAUGCAAUGUGAACAAUUCAGGCAAGAUUCACGACAAACGCAGCACGGGCGGCCGGACUGACCAUCGGAUGUCUCAUCGGAAUGUUCCCGUUGCUUUUCUUCGGCGACGACGAGGACGAGAAGAAGAAGAAAGAGAAAACGAUACAGUAG